AUGGGACUAGUUGAAUCUAAAGAAACAUCGAUAGGUAACAUAAAACACAUUGACGUUGUGUCAUCAUGGGAACAUUUAACAGAAUCUGGAACUGAAACACGACUAAUGAACUUACUCGAAGAUAAUGCUAAUCUGUCUCGUCAACGAGCGGCUACGGCUCUUGCUCCUAUUAUCAUUCUGAUCGAUGGGUUAGUACAUUCAGAUCCAAAACGUUCAGAUUCUCCUGAGAACUUAGCGGAUAAUCUUAUAUUGACGGCUAUUGAAUCUAAUGAGCAUCAAGUGACAACAUACAAAGAUAAUAUCUACAAAACCCUGUCAAAAGCAACAACAUUAGCAACCAAAGCGGUUCAAAUCGAAUUGAUUGCAGCAGCUGCAAGUGGUGGGCUAUAUUUUCGAUAUAUUGAUGAUAUAUUUUUAACAAUAAAUUGGCCUGCUCGACAUUUAUUUAAACAGAUCAACAGAUGGAAUAAAUUUGAUAAAAACAUUAAAUUAUCAGAAAAUAUAGGUUCAACAGCUGAUUUUCUUGAUUUACAUAUAGAAAAUCAAGAUAGUCAAUUAUUUACGACAAUUUAUCAAAAGCCAUCUUAUGAACCAUACUACUUGCCAUUCAAUAGUGUACAUCCAUUACAUAUGAAGAAAAAUAUAAUUUUUACUAUGUUUCUUCGUACUAUUAGAUAUUGUUCAACUUUUCAAGCUCAUUUAAAUGAACGUGAAAAAUUACGAAUGGCAUUAUUAUUAAGUAAAUAUCCAAAUGGAAUUAUUGAUAAACAAUUUGAUCAUGUAUUAUCAAAAUUUAAUAUUGAUCAACCAUUAGAUUUUAACAAUUACAAUUUAAUUCGUCAAAAAAUUAUAGAGACACCUAUAAAAGAAAGAAUACCAAUGGACUAUGGAAAGACAAUGUUUGUCCAUUUUACUUAUUGUUCAAAUAUGAGGACAUUUCCAGUAAAAUUCCAUAUACUCUGGAAUAAAUAUUUUGGAGAAUCUCCUAUUAAUGAAGUCUUACCUGUCCUUGGUACACGUAAUGUUAAAAACUUACAAAGGCAAUUAACCAAUACAAGAUAA